GCGGGUGAGAGGGAGCGCCUCUGCCUCUGUGUUGGGGCUGCAGGCUUUCGGGUCUCACUUUUCGGUCCCUGCUGCCGGCUUUGGGCUGGGAACGGGGUCCGCGUCGCCUCCGAGGCCGCCUUCUGAGGCCUCGAGCUGAGCCCCAUCUGGCCCUCCUCCGCGCCCCCGCCCCAGUCCUCGCGCCCGGUAGCCGCCCCCAGCCCAGCGGGUCCGUACCGCGGCCACAGGCCCCUUGAGCGUCUGUCUCCUUUCUCCACUUCCCUUCCCAGGCAAGUCCCCCAACGCCUCUAGCAGCCGCUCUUCCCUCUCUUGUUCGCGGAGGUAGUUGGUUACCAUGGUGAAGCUGGCGGCCAAAUGCAUCCUGGCAGCUUUCGGGAGUGAGAGCUUCUGCGGUCAGAUCGGGACGGCAGUGAUGGUUUUCUUCUCCUCUGACCUCACAGGAGACCCAGCAGUGGGCAAGACUGCCCUGGCACAGAGCUUCCGCAGCGACGGAGCCCAUUUCCAGAAGAACUACACCCUGACAACAGGGGUGGACUUGGUGGUGAAGACAGUGCCAGUCCCUGACACGGGGGACAGUGUGGAACUCUUCAUUUUUGACUCUGCCGGCAAGGAGCUGUUUUCCGAAAUGCUGGAUAAACUGUGGGAGAGUCCCAACGUCUUGUGUCUCGUCUAUGACGUAACCAACGAGCAGUCCUUCAUCAACUGCAGCAAAUGGCUGGAGAAGGCUCGGUCACAGAUUCCAGGCACCUCCCUCCCAGGUGUGUUAGUGGGGAACAAGACAGACCUGGCCAGCAGACGAGUGGUGGAUUCGGCUCAGGCCCGGGCAUGGGCCCUGGGCCAAGGCCUGGAAUGUUUCGAAACAUCCGUGGAUCCCACAGUCCCCAGAACUCUUGAUGGAGCUCAAAAAUUAACGCCCACUCCCAACCCAUGAGUCAUCACAGGCCACUGGGCUACGUGCUUCAACUCUGCGUGGGUGUUUGUUGCUGCACCAGCGAAACGGGUGGGUAUCAAUUAUGCCAGGGGAGGCCGCGGUUAAGCACUUGGUAUUAACUGUGUAAGCUAACUAGUCCCCCGAGUUGAUGCUAACAGAAGCACCACUGGCAGCUCGGGUAAGAAGGCUGUAAUUAAAAAGGAAAUAGAACCCGAUGCCGCCUGAGACGCAGCCAAGCCUUGACACCUGGCGCCCAGCUCCGCCCUCCUGAUGGCUGCGCGGCGGCCACCAUCCUGACGGUCCCCACGUGGUCGUCUGACCUUCUCUCUCUCUACCCUUCAUUCACAUGGCCGUCUGACCUUCUCUCUCUCUGCCCUUCAUUCCAUCCCCAGAACAGGCUCAUCUUAAAACUGGAACUUGGCCCCCUUCGAUGCACCAUCCCCCGUGUUCCCCACCGCUCCUAGCACCCACCAGUCUGCUUUGUGUUUUUCUAUGACUAAGGGUGUUUUUAGAUCCCACAUAUAAGUGAAAAGAUGCAGUAUCUGUCUUUCUCUGUCUCCCUUGUUUCACUGAGCCUAACGUCCUCAAGGGUCACCCCCGUCAUCACAAAUAGCAGGAUCCCCUCCUUUUCCAGGCUGAAUACUGUUCCAUCGUGUCCAUUUGCAUACCAACCGCAGGGUCUUUAAUCUGUUGAUGGACCUUCGGGUUGUUUCUGUGUCUUGGCUGUUCAAGUAAUGCUGCAGGGAACGUGGGGGUGCAGGUGUCUCUUCAAAGUAGCGAUUUCAUUUCCUUUGGUUGUCUACCCAGAUGUGGAAUUGCUCAAUUGUUUCGUAGCUCUAUUUUUAACAUUUUGAGGCACCUCCGUGUGGUUUUCCGCAGCACCAGCUUGCUUUCUCACCAACAGUGCACAAAAGUAGUUUCUUUU